AUGUCUUCUGCAUCUGACUUGCGAAGCGCGAUCGAGAAUACCUUGGGAUACCAGCUCAUUGGAGCGUUCAUCGCCGCCGCCAUGUACGGCGUGACCGUGCUCCAAACGUACAUUUAUUGGAUCAGGUUUGCAAAGAAGGAUUCAAGGAAGCUUCGAUCUUUGGUCAUCUUCAUUUGGGGAAUCGACACGGUGUGCUCAGCUCUCGUUUGUGCAUCUCUGUACAAGAACCUGGUACAGGACUGGGGUGUGCUCGAUUCCCUGGAGAGCGUUCCAGUGACCUUUGCGCUCGAGAACGGUUUUACUUGCUUCGUUACCGUCGUGGUGCAAUGCUUCUUCGCUCAUCGAGUCUGGCUUGUGAGCGGUAAACAAAGCAAGAUAAUACCGGUCGUAAUAGCGAUAUUUGCCCUGGUCGGAUUUGGUGGCGGAUGCGCCUUAACAGCACGGAUGUUCAUAACCAAUCUAAAUCUACAAGUGGUAGAGACCGACGUAUUCAUCAACAAUGCUUGCAUUGUCGAUCAAACUGCAGCUGCUGCCUGUGAUAUCCUAAUCACACUCUCGCUUUAUUAUUAUUUGAAUCUGGGUAGAAGGAAGGACUCGCUCACUCGUCGGGCUGACAGUGUCCUUCAGUCUCUGGUUAUCUAUUUCAUCAGCCGUGGCAUUUUGACGACCGUGUUUCAGAUUUUGGCCGUGGCUACGUACGCCGGUCUUCGGUCGCAACAGCUGUGGAUAAUCUGGCAGGUCUGUCUGAGCAAAGCCUACGUUAACUCUCUCCUCGCCAUCCUCAAUGCGCGCGAAUAUCUCAGCAAGACCCUCAACGGUCCCGACAAUAUGCACACCAUAUCCGAACUUCGCUUUGAUUGCGGACCUGCGACGAAUUCUACUGGGAUUACCGGAUCCAGUCACGCAACGGGAGGGGCAGCUAUCGAGCUCGGAACUGGAAGUCAAAAUGACCAGGGCGACCAGGAGAAAGAGAUCAAAUUCUCCAAUCCAACGCCACCGAAGAGCCAGAGUUCCUUCAGUAGGGUGUGA